UUUUUGGCUCUGCAUAAUUUUGCAGGUUGGCUCGUUUUGUCGAAGCUAAUUACUUCUGCACUUUCGUGAUGGAGUUUCAAUUCCCUUUCUUUCCUGUUCUUUUAUGCUUCAUUUCCUUCAUGUUUAUGGUGCUGAAAGUUAUACAGAGAUUCAAGUCAACUUCAAAGCUACCGCCAGGGCUAUGGAAGCUGCCUCUUAUAGGAAAUCUGCACCAACUGGUUGGCUCUCCAUUGACACACCGUGUAUUACGAGACUUGGCGAAGAAGCAUGGACCAUUGAUGUACCUAUACCUUGGAGAAGUACCCACCCUUGUUGUUUCCUCAGCAGAGUACGCGAAAGAGGUAAUGAAGACUCAUGACAUUAUCUUUGCUUCUAGGCCUUCGUUACUUGCCACAGAAAUCAUGUCUUACAACACUACAGACAUUGUUUACGCACCUUAUGGUGAUUAUUGGAGGAAAAUCCGAAAGAUUUGCGUGCUUGAACUUUUGAGCGUGAAACGGGUCCAAUCUUUUAGACCGAUAAGAGAAGAACACAUUUCCAAAUUUGUCGAAUGGGUUUUCUCAAAAUCAGGAUCAACUAUCAACUUGACUGAAAAAUUGUACUCGACAACGUAUACCUUGAUAGCAAAGUUGGCUUUCAGUGAGGAAUCAGGAGACCAUGAAGAGUUCAUAUCAGUAACCAAGGAAGUCAUAAAGCUAACAACAGGGUUCAAUAUCCCAGACGUGUUUCCUUCCUUGAAAUGGCUUCAUCAGAUCGAUACAACGAGGUCUAAACUUAUUGAGUCGCAUGAAAAGAACGACAGGAUGCUUGACAACAUCAUCAAUGAACACAUUAAGGGAAAAGUGACGACAAAAAAGACCAGAAAAUGUGAAGAUUUGGUUGAUGUUCUUCUGAAAUUUCACGAGCAGGGUGACCUUGAUCAAAGUCCAUUAACUAUUGACAAUAUCAAAGCAGUAAUACUGGACAUCUUUGUUGCUGGAGGUGAAUCGUCAGCUGUAACAAUUGAUUGGACUAUGGCAGAAUUGAUAAAGAACCCAAGAGUAAUGGAAAAGGCACAAGCUGAGGUGAGAAAAGUCUUUGAUAGUAAAACUACCGUUGAUGAAUCUGGACUUGCUGAACUAGAAUAUCUGAAGUUAGUCAUUAAAGAAACUCUAAGAUUACACCCUCCAGCUCCCUUAUUGAUUCCAAGAGAAAACACAGAGAGUUCUGUGAUUGACGGAUACGAGAUACCUGUCAGGACCAAAGUGAUUGUUAAUGGAUGGGCUAUUGGAAGAGAUCCCAAGUAUUGGACUGACCCAGAAACAUUUUACCCAGAAAGGUUCUUGGAAAAUUCAGUCGACUUCAAGGGGACUAAUUUUGAGUACGUACCAUUUGGUGCUGGAAGGAGAAUAUGUCCUGGUAUAACUUUUGGUCUCGCGAAUAUUGAGCUUCCGCUUUCACAGUUGUUGUACUAUUUCGAUUGGAAACUCCCGAAUGGAAUGAAUGGCGAGGAUAUCAGCAUGAUGGAGUCAUUUGGCUUAACGGUUAGAAGAAGAGAGGAUCUGUACUUGAUUCCCACUCCUUAUCAUCCUUGAUUAACUUGUUUGAUUUCUAGGCCUUAAAAGUGAACCAAGUCAGUUUCUGAUCUUGCUUUGUGGUUGAGGCAGACGUACUCUGCAUAAUAUGUGGUCUAUAUGUAAUUAUUACAGUUGUUUUUUUUUUCCCCUUACAGGCGAGUGUUCUAAUAAGAAAUCUCUUCUUUACUGCUUUAGAAUGUCAUUUUGAAGAUAAUUGUUUUACUUUUUUAAUAGGUGAAA